ACAGCUUUCGCCUAAUGAGGAGCGUUGGUGAUCCUGAAAGUGUAGUGAGAAGUGUUUCAUCGCAUAAAAAAGGAAAUAUACUACAGUUAUUCAGUGAAUUGUGUUUCAAUUUCGAAAAGUGACAAUAUGAGUGAAAAGAAAAUCGAAGCAGAAUUGGAUAAAGGUCCGCGCUUUGGCUUACGCCAUAUUCAAACUUUACUGCUCUUCCUCUGCGUUACCGUUGCCUAUAUGAGUCGUCUGAAUAUCUCGGUAGCGAUUGUGGCGAUGACAAACGCUGCGAGCACAAAUCCCAACUUUGAGGAGUUCGACUGGACGGAAAAACAGAAAUCCUAUAUUAUAUCCUGCUUCUACUGGGGUUACGUGAUCACACAAUUUCCGGGUGGCUAUUUGAGUCGACGUUUUGGCUCAAAGAUUGUGAUUGGCAUCAGUCUCUUCGGUUCGGCUCUAUGCAGUUUUCUCACACCUUUCCUCGUGCCAUGGGGCGGCUGGCAAGUUUUCUGCGCCAUACGUAUCGUACAGGGUCUCUGUCAGGCAGCUAUAUUUCCAGCCAUACACCACCACAUUGCCAAAUGGUCGCCGCCGCACGAACGCAAUACAUUCGGUGCACUGACCUAUUCGGGUAUGGAUUGUGGCACAGUGUUGGCUAUGCUUGUAAGUGGCUUGGUAGCCAGCAGUCCAAUCGGUUGGCCGGGCAUAUCGUAUGUUUCGGCCGGUAUUUGUUUUGGCUGGUGCAUUCUUUGGAUAAUCUUGGGUUCGAAUGAUCCACCAUCUUCACGUUUUAUAACGAAAGCCGAGUGCGAGUAUAUUGAAACAUCGAUGAAACGUGAAGAGGAUUUCCAUAAGAAGAGAAUACCAAUACCAUGGUUUGCGAUGCUCACAUCUGUGCCAUUUUUAUCACUACUUUUAGUACUCAGUUCUCAAGCGUGGGGUUUCACCACUAUGCAAUCGCAAAUUCCUUCAUAUAUGAAUGGAGUUUUGAAUAUGGAUAUUAAGAGUAACGCGUUCUACUCGGCACUACCAUACAUAGCGCGUUGGAUUCUAUCUUACAUCUAUUUGUUCUUCGGAAAUAUGGCGGUCGCAAAGAAUUGGCUCUCUUUGACGGCGGUACGUAAGAUCGCCAAUACGAUGGGUUUGUGGUUGCCAGCAUUUCUGCUGAUCGGCGUGGGAUUCCUCGAUGAUAGCAACAAAGCUUUGGCUAUUACUUUAAUGACGAUGAAUGUCGGCUUAAAUGGCGGUGCCACCAUCGGCUGUAUGCUCAGUACAAUAGACUUGUCACCAAAUCAUGCUGGUGUUGUAAUGGGGAUCAUAAAUCCGUUGGCAAACACUAUACCGUUGAUUACGCCACUGGUUGUGGGUGUCAUAGUUUCAGAUGUGCACAAUCGAUCUGAAUGGCAAACCGUAUUCAUUAUUUCUGCGGCUAUUUUCUUUAUUGGUAACUUGAUUUUCGUAAUAUUCGGUUCGGCUGAAACUCAACCAUGGGACGCUCCUGAUUUUCUGCGUAAGGAUAACGUGGAAGAGCCAGAAAAUGUGCCACCGAAGAGCACUUUCAAGCAAAUUUUUGGUGGUGAUGAUGACAAAUACGACAUCGAAGGAUGGGCAGUGCAGAAUGUUAACGAUUCGAUAUCGAAGAACGAAGCUGUCGGAAAAAUUUAACUUAACUGAUAUUCUAUAACUCGACGGGCUUAAAUUAAGCCUAGCUUUUAGCGUUAGCUGUGAAUACUAAAUUGUUAACAUUAUAUGUUGCUGAAAUAUAUAAUUAAGUUUUAAAACUUUGUACUUAAUAUAUUUGAAUAAUUUUAAGCAUUUUUAUUGUUUAAGUAACGAUUUAUAUUAAAUUUGUUUUGCAAGAAUAAAUGAAAUUAA